UUAUUACUACUACUGCCUCUGCCCGGAGCAGGUUACAUGAGCUCCUCCAGGUCUCUCUUUUCUUUUGAGGAUCAUGUCUUAACCUUGUCCUAUCAAUAGAUUCCAUUCCAUUCCAUUCGUCUGUGUCCAUGAUCCUUCCCUAGCAUACCACUUCCUUAAUUCACCAUGUCAACUACGUCUAUUACCACUCCUGUCAAACGAGCCUGCGAUAGUUGUCACAGGCGCAAAGUCAAAUGUAUUGGCGAGGGGACGAAUCCGUGCAAGAACUGCGUUUCGGCGGGGCUUGCUUGUACAUACAAUGCAAUUCCUCAAAAGAAAGGUCCUAAGGGCAGCCGCGCAAAGGUUCUCUCUGAAUUGAGGGAAACGCAGCGUCAGUCCCAACUUGCUGCAGGCUUUCCACCCGAAUUGAGCUACGAUGGCCGCACCUUAUCCGCAGCUUUUGCGCGAACACCAGGACUUUUGCCUCAAGCUCUAGUCGAGAGCUGCGUGGACUUCUACUUCCACACAGUGUACCCUUCACAACCCGUCCUUCACCGUCAACGAGCGCAAGAAAUCAUCCUCAGCGCCGAGCAUUCUACCGAGGCUUACUGUAUGCUCGUGGCCCUCUGCGCGUAUGUCAUGAUACAAUCCGACACGACCGUUCCUCCGAACAUACUGCCACGGCCAGACAUGGCCCAGAUGUCGAAUGUUAGCAUUGGGCACAUACUGUUGGAGGAGGCUGUCCGGGUCCGUAAAGGAUUUGACUACUUGGAAAGUCCAACACAUUUAUCUGUUUUGACCUCAUGGUUCUUCUAUGGAUGCUAUCUCGGGCUGGGACGAGACAACACUGCCUGGUCAAAUCUUCGGGAAGCCACAACACAAGCACAACUUCUGGGAAUGCACGAUGAAGAAACGUACAAGAACGAUCCUCUGGAUAUUUCGAGACGGCGGAUCUUAUAUUGGCUACUUUUUAUUGCAGAAAGAACUCACGCUCUCCAUAAACAUCGUCCAAUCACUCUAUACCCCACCAUCCACCCUCCUUCAUUGGAAGACCCGCCGUCAGAUCGUCCAAUUGCCUCUGGGAUCGAAUUGAUGGUCAACCUUUACAAACCAUUUGACGAUACAUUUUUCAGCAUCUGGAACAAAGUUCGAGCAAGUGCAAAUCCUACCUGGACAGCACAAUUGCAAGCACAGCUAUCAGAGGCGCUCCCCAACUACCUGGAAUGCACAGAGAUCCAGGCGGUCGACUUACGAAUCACUCAGCAAUGGCUGCGAACUAUGGUCUGGCAACUGUGCGUAAGCCAAGGACUGGUUAGUAGUGUCACUGCGGACAGUGCCAUGACAUUCAAAUAUCCAAUCGAGAUCUCUAGGGAGCUCUUGUCCCUGGCCCACCAAUUCUCACAGCAGGCUAUGGAGGUGCACGGUGUUGGUCUGAUCGAAAAGAUGUUUGACGUUGCUUGCUGCCUGACUGAUGUCGUUGCAUGCAUACCUUUCUCUCCGGACACCUUUGCACUUGGUCCUCGCGACUAUGUCUCACGCUUCCUCACUUUAUUCUCUGCCCUCCGGGGUGGACAGACCCGCUAUCUACCGCUCCUCUUGGCCAAGGUCUCCGACGUUCUUCCAAAUCUUCCGCUUCCCCGCUCCCUCAAUAUAGCUCACCUCCCUACGCCGAUCGGCCUUAACCCUGGACUUGGAUCUGUUCCAUCCAACGUCAACGAUGAUCUUUCUUCGAUACCGUCGGUGUCGUCUCCUUCCUACCCAUCUAACGAAUUGAUACGCCAACUUGCAGCCCAGACAGGUGCCCAACUCCCUUUGAGCACUUCCCAACAACCACUUCUACAGGCACCCUCGUCCCGGGUUGAGGACCUCUCACUGUAUGAUACAUCCGCUCCUCACAGCGCCAACUCUUCGGGGUCAGCUCCAGCAAGCCAGUCGGCAACUCCAGGUCCUUACGAACCAUCGCCGAGCCAACCACGGACGCAAUUGCAGGCACAGGGCCAUCCAGUUCAAGUGACUUCUUCCCAUCCACACCAGCAUAUGCAAAGCCAUCACCUUAGUGUCAAUUCGAACGCUUAUGAUCCGAGGUUCACUGUUCAGGGGUUUCCUGUCGAUCCAUCAAUGGUGUUCAAGCAGGAAGAUGCAAGUGCCCCAGGUCAGAUGCAAGGUGUUCCAGCGGUCAUGUAUGCUCAUGAUAGUGCCGGUCGUGGAGGGCUGGCUCAUGGCAGGGCGCAUCACGACGGCGGAUAUGCAGGGUGACGGUUUGAACGACACGUGUAGUGCAACCAAACACUUGGAACCGAUCACUGGAGCAUCUUCGGCGGAACUAGGAAUCGGAGGCCAAAAGAGGAUGGACAUCGCUUGGAUCGGCCCUUCUUCGCUACUACGGAGUAACCUUAGCAACAGAACCCCUUGGGAGUUGAAAGAGGAAGAGUUCAAAGACAGUAGUAGACUUGGCCAAUGUCAAGCCUGGCA